AUUUCCACACCUCACACUUCUAAAAUCCUUGAAAAAAUGGAUUUCUACUAUUCAAUAAAAGAUUUUCUAGCAAUUACCCUAGCCAUAUUUCUCAUCGGAACCUCGCCCGGACAAGUUUCCUGCCAGAACUGCGGCUGUUCACAGGAUUUAUGCUGCAGUCAAUAUGGUUAUUGUGGCACCGGCAAUGACUACUGUGGCAGAGGGUGCCAAGGUGGCCCUUGCUAUGCUCCGCCAAGUAGUAAUGGAGUUUCGGUUCCUAAUAUCGUGACGGAUGCAUUUUUCAAUGGCAUUGCUGAUCAUGCUGCCUCAGAUUGUGCCGGCAAAGGAUUCUACACUAGAGCGGCAUUUCUUGAAGCUCUCGGUUUUUAUCAACAAUUCGGGACCGUUGGUUCUGUAGAUGAUUCUAAGCGCGAAAUUGCUGCAUUCUUCGCACACGUUACACAUGAAACUGGACAUUUAUGCUAUAUAGAAGAAAUAAAUGGCCCAUCUAGAGAUUAUUGUGACGAGAAUAACACACAAUAUCCAUGUGCUCCCGGCAAGGGAUAUUACGGACGAGGUCCUAUACAACUAUCGUGGAACUUCAACUACGGACCAGCAGGGAAUAGCAUAGGCUUUGAUGGUUUGAACAAUCCAGAAGUUGUAGCCACAGAUCGCGUAGUGUCAUUCAGGACUGCUCUCUGGUUUUGGAUGAAUAAUUGUCAUGAUAGUAUAACUUCGGGUCAAGGUUUUGGGGCUACCAUUCGGGCUAUUAAUGGUGCCCUUGAAUGCGAUGGAGCUAAUCCAGGCACGGUUAAUACUCGAGUUGGGUAUUACAGAGACUACUGCGAUCAACUUCAAGUUGAUCCCGGCAAUAAUUUGACGUGCUAACCAGUGAACCCUGUCGUUUCUCGAGGAACACUAUAGUAUUGUUGAUUGAUCAAAUAAAUGUACAAGCAGUUUAUUUGCUUGCUUAUUUGUUGUCCUAUGUAUUGUAGACAUCGUGUUAAUGUAUAAUUUUAAGAUAUUAUUUUUGUUGGUAGCUAAUAAGAAUUGUGUUCGUGCC